AUGUCUCCCAGUCCAGUCGAACAACAAGAAUCGGAACAGAGAAAUGACAAGAAUGGUUCUCAAACUUCGUUGCCGUUGUCAAAAGUACCCAGGAGGACACCUAUGGCUUGUCAGUUCUGCAGAGGGCGGAAACUAAAAUGCGAUGGAAAUCGGCCAUCGUGCUCCAACUGCGAUCGCCGUUCCCUUGCGUGCCAAUAUACCCCCGUUUCUGCUCAGCGUUAG